CUUGUGCUGUAAUGUCUGCGUCACUCUCCUCCUCUUGUGUCAGUAGCAUGAGCCCCGCCCCCUGCCUUCCACUCCCUCUGCUAUAACCUCCCUUCCCGAAAGAGGAGGCGGCUGCCGCUGGGCUCAGCCCUGGAGCUUGUACUAUACAUUUCCUUCCUGCUCUCCCGGGUCCUGCCGAGCUCUAACCUCCCUUUACUAUCGCCCAAUGGCUUUGCCUUGCAGGUGCUGCCCGGCCGCCGCGGAGCUCUUGUGAGAGCCGCCCGCAUCCUCCCCAGGCACAAUGAAGUCGCUCAUGCGGAGGCUACUGCGAGUCUCUAACCGAUCCAUACUCGCCUUCAUCUUCCUCUUCUCCCUGUCAUCAUCGUGCCUCUACUUCAUCUAUGUGGCCCCCGGCAUAGCAAAUACCUAUCUUUUUAUGGUACAAGCUCAAGGAAUUAUGCUGAGAGACAAUGUUAAGACAAUUGGGCAUAUGAUCAGACAGUACACUAACAAAAAUGCCACACUAAAUGGAACAGAUUUUCCUGACGGUACCAAUUCCACCGAAUUCACUGCACAGUCAUCCAUGUAUCUCCCUGAAAACUUUACUUUCUCACCGAAUCUUCCUUGUCCUGAAAAGCUGCCUUUUAUGCGUGGGCCAACAAGUAUCAACAUGAGUGAAAUCGGUUUAGAAGAUGCAUAUCAACUUUUAUCCCAGGAAACGGAAAUUGGGCGAGGGGGACACUGGAAACCAAAUGACUGCAUUCCCCGAUGGAAGGUGGCCAUUCUUAUCCCAUUUCGUAACCGCCAUGAACACCUUCCUAUUUUAUUCAGGCAUCUAAUCCCCAUGUUGCAGAAACAGCGAUUAGAGUUUGCCUUCUAUGUUAUUGAACAGGCAGGUACUCAAACCUUCAACCGUGCAAUGCUGUUUAACAUUGGGUUUAAAGAAGCCAUGAAAGACAGAAAAUGGGACUGUGUCAUUUUCCAUGAUGUGGAUCAUAUUCCAGAAAAUGACCGCAAUUACUAUGGUUGUGGAGAGAUGCCACGUCACUUUGCUGCAAAACUGGACAAGUACAUGUACAUCCUUCCAUACGAUGAGUUUUUUGGAGGUGUAAGCGGUCUGACGGUUGAACAGUUUAAGAAAAUCAAUGGAUUUCCAAAUGCUUUCUGGGGAUGGGGAGGAGAAGAUGAUGAUCUGUGGAACAGGGUCCACUACUCUGGCUAUAAUGUUUCUAGACCAGAAGGAGACAUUGGGAAAUACAAGUCGAUCCCACAUCAUCACCGAGGAGAAGUCCAGUUUUUAGGCCGGUACAAACUAUUGCGCUACUCUAAAGAACGGCAGUAUCUAGAUGGGCUAAGCAAUCUGAUAUAUGCGCCAAACAUCAUUAUUAAGCAUUUAUACAAGAAUAUAACUGUACAUCUUGUGCCAGAACUAGCGCCAGUGAAAGACUACUGAUGUAUAUGCAAAUGGUACGAAUAUUACAGACCUAAACAAGUCCCUCCUCCUUAGUCCUGGCGGCUGGUAUGGAAGUUCUCCUUUCCCAAUGUGCGUCCAAGCAUUACGCUCCAAAGCCAGCAGCUGCUAUAUCCUUGUUUACAGCAGAAGCCUCGUCUCACCAACCGUUACAUUCGAGAUUAAACUGCAAAGCCGCGACUUCCAGACGAGAAACGUUUUUAUUUUCUGCCUCUGUGCCGACCAACUGUAAAAUAAGUUGUAAUUAUUUACUUUCACUUUCUUUAUUUUGGUUGAAGACGUGAAGGUUUUUUUCAUUGCUCAAGUGUAUAGCUUUUGUAUAUAUAUAUAUAUAUCGGUGUUUUUGUAUAUUGGCUGUGUUUGUGUGUAUGUAUAUAACUAUAAAAUCCGUUCCCGCUUGUACACACUUAGAGGCACAUUUAUUAAAGGUCGAAUUUCGAAUUCAUGUGAGUUUUUUUAAAGCUCUAUUAAAUUUGAAUAUUCUCCAAAUUUGACUGGGGGGUUAUUUAUUAAAAAAAUAGGGAUGCACCGAAUCCAGGAUUCGGUUCUGGAUUUGGCCUUUUUCAGCAGGAUUCGGCAGAAUCCUUGUGCCUGGCCGAACUGAUUCCAAAUCCUAAUUUGCAUAUUUAAAUUAGGGGCGGGUAGGGAAAUCACGUGACUUUUCAUCACAAAAGAAGAAUUUUUUGCACUUUUUCCUUUCCUGCCCCCAAAUUGAAUAUGCAGGAAUAUUGCACCAGGGAUUCGGCCGGAAGGCUACUAAUGUUCAAAUUGAUCCCCGGAGCUCAGGUUUUAGGUGGCGAAUAGUCGAAUUCGAGUUCUUAAAGGGCCAGACAAUGAUAAAUCUCGAAAUUCUAAUUAAAACUCAUAUCGAGUUUGGAUAAUUCACAAUUCGAAUUUGAGAGUUUUGACCAUAAAAAAAAAAAAUUCAAAUUUUCAAUUUGAUCCUUAAUAAAUCUGCCCAUUCGAAAGUGUUGCACAAGUGCUUAGGUACACCCAAUGAUUUUUAAGAACCAUUUCUACACUUUUGCAUGCAUUUUGGUUUUGUAUAGAUACGUGUAUGAAUGAUAUAUGUAUGUUUAUAUACAUAUUGACUACUCCCACAUAUGAGAUGUAUUAUAUAUAUAUAUAUAUAUAUAUAUAUAUAUAUAUAUAUAUAUAAUACAUAUAUACAUGUAUAUGUAGACUUUUUUUUUUUUUUGGAGGGGGGGUCAUAUUUAUUUUGGUGCACACAUUUUCAUUGUUUGCAUGACACUCAACAUGUAAAUAUAUAUUUGAGUUUUAAAUAGUGCUUGUAGUUAGUACUGCUAAUAACAAAUGGCCAGCUAUGAUUGUAAACUAUUGGUUUGUGAGCUUAAGGCCUUCUAUGAAUGGGUUAGCCUCUCUAUUGGAACUAGUGCAAGCGGGCCCUGCUCUCAUCUUGGCCUUAAUCAUACGGAUUGCCUUGUAACGUAACUCCCGAUAUCAUUUGUUAUACUCACUUAGUCUGUGGCAUUUCUAUCAUACAGUGUAUGGAAAGAUACAUAUCAUAGUCUACAGCUUACUAAUAAUGUGCCAACUGCAUCUAAUAUCAGGGAGCUCAUGCCAAGAAGAUUGCUCGUUUAUGUUUUGUGUUCGUUAAGUUGCUAAUUUAUUUUGGGGGUUUUUUUUUUGGUGGGGUUUUUAUGAAAUAUUUUAAUCGUAGCACUUUUAGUCAAACUCAGAAUGAGCCAAAAUGUUUUCUUCCAUGGAAGAAUUACAAGUUAUAUUGGUGAUGUUUUUCUAAGAGUACGAACUAGUUCAUUUUGCAUACGAGAAUGUAUAUUGCAUACCUUUCCUCCAUUUUCGGAGCUAUUAUAGAAAUGGACACCAUAUAUAUAUAUAUAUAUAUAUAUAUAUAUAUAUAUAUAUGUAUAUAUAUAUGUAUAUCUAUCCUUCAAAAUGGGCCCGCUCUCCAAAAGUUCUUCUGAUUACGGAUGCACCAAAUCCACUAUUUUGGAUUCGGCCAAACCCCCGAAUCCUUUGCUAAAGAUUCGGCCGAAUACCAAAAAGUCAUGCGAUUUAACUCCCCGCCCCUAAUUUGCAUGCGCAAAUUAGGAUUCACGUUCGUUCGGGCAGAAAGAUUUGGCCAAAUCUGAAUCCAGCUAAAAAAGGCAGAAUCUUGAACUGAAUCCUGGAUUCGGUGCAUCCCUAUUUUUGAUCAAAUGAUUUUAUUGAAACAUCACUCGCGCACCCAACGUUUUGGCCCUUUAUCUUCCUUGGGCCCUUUAUCUUCCUCGAUAAAGGCCCCAAUGUGGGCUGAAAGGUUGGGUACAUGAGUGAUGUUUCAAUAAAAUCGUUUCAUCAAAAGAUCUUUUGUAGUGCGGGUCCAUUUUAAAGGCUGCAUUUUUGACCACAGCACCCACUAAUCUUUGGAGGAAGAGUGCGGGUACUUUCAGAACAAUUAUUUAUAUAUAGAUAUAUAUAUUGUCUAUUUCUUUUUUUUCCUGCAUGUUGCCAUCAUCAUCAUCAUCAUCAUUAUUAUUUUUCUUGGUAGUCAAGAACGCAAAAGAGAUGGAUUUAUAAGGGGAAAUAAUAAUAAUCAGCAUUAACGUGUAAUGUAAAAACGGGAAAAAACUUUGCAACAUGGAAGGCAGGAGGCAAUGUAAAAAAAACUGGGACAAUCCCCCAUUUUCUUGCACUUUGCACCCUGCUAUCUGCACUUGUUGAAUUGCCCGGGCCCCUUGUGUUCUGUUUUGAGCACAGAAACCAGCGUCCGCUUCCUUGAAUGCAGUUCUAGCUGUUUUUGGCAGCUCAGUAUUCAUGGGAGGAGGCACAUAGUCAUCCCCCAUCCUGUCCCCUGAGCGACAAGUUUGGGAGCAUUUGAAACAAAUCUGCCCUAAAUCAUUCAGACUUUCUGCAUUGUUCUGUGUUUUCAAAUAAUGUGACCUCUUUUGAAACCUCAUUUCCCGCAAAAGUAUAUUGGAUGCCUUACUAAAAUAGACUAUUUUCCCCCAAAUGCACUUUAUCUUAUCCUUAAUUGUUAAUUUCAUGACAACAUUCUUCCAGUUCAAGAUUUACUUUACUGAAUGUUGAAAUAAUUGUACCUUUAAGGGGUGGUUCACCUUGAAGUUAACUUCUAAUUCUAAGCAACUUUUCAACUGGUCUUCAUUAUUUAUUUUAUAGUUAUAAAUGAUUUGCCUUCUUCUGACUCUGUCUAGUUUUCAAAUGGGGGGGGUCACCAACCUAAAAACAAAUACUCUGUAAUCUGUAAGGCUGCAAAUGUAUAGUUAUUGCUCAUUUUUAUUACUCCUAUUUCUAUUCAGGCCUCUCCUAUUUUCCUAUAAUGAAAUUGCAAACAGGAGAGCUGCUGAAUAAAAAGCUAAAUAACUCAAAAACCACAAAUAAUAAAAAAUGAAAACCAAUUGUAAAAGGUCUCAGAAUAUCCCUCUCUACAUCAUAAUAAAAGUUAACUCAAAGGUGAACAACCCCUUUAAGUUGAUAGCGCUGCCCUCCUCCAGAAAUGCUGUACUUUCCCCUUCUCAGUCUGUCCCAUAUAACAAUAGCAAGAGUUUUUAAGUCUGUUGACUACAUUCAGUCGUUUAAGCAGUUGCUUUGCUCUCUCUUAACAAAUCAAUAAUGUGAAUUGAAUAUAUAUAAAGUUGUAUGUGGAAGGUUCCAAGAAUAAACAUGGGCCUAGUGUGCAUGGGUUAUUCCUACAGAGACUAGAGAAAAUAAAUUCAAUUUGAUUUUGA